AUGGGCGGCGAUACCGAGGAAGCGCCUCCAGAGGUCCACCACUACACCAACAGAGGAGAGGUUCCUUGGGAUAUCCAAAACUACUGGGUGCAACGGCACAAAAUAUUCUCCAAGUAUGAGGAGGGCAUCUGGCUAACUGAUGAUGCCUGGUUUGGGGUGACUCCAGAGCCUGUGGCAAACAAAAUAGCAGAGCAUGUUGCCGCUUCCGCCCCAGCUGGACGAAGCAUCCUGGUCGAUGCAUUCGCGGGAGCUGGCGGCAACACCAUCGCCUUUGCAAAGUCUAAUCGAUGGAAGCGCGUGUAUGCCAUUGAGAAAGACCCUGCGGUCCUGGCUUGUGCCAAGCACAAUGCCAAGAUCUACGGGGUCGAGAAGAAGAUUACAUGGUUUGAAGGCGAUUGUUUCCACAUUUUGAAGAACCAGUUGAAAGAAUUAGGGCCGUAUAGUGUCCUCUUUGCAAGUCCUCCCUGGGGCGGUAUGUCUCAUCCACCACCCACCAAGCAUUUAAAUGUUGACUUGAACCCCCCAGGACCGGGUUAUCGCUCAGAUGAAGUAUUCAACCUGCGCACCAUGGAACCGUACUCGCUCAAUUUCCUCUACACCGAAUUUUCGCUCUUCACUGAGCACAUGGUCUUGUACCUGCCGAGAACUUCGGACCUUAGACAGCUGGCCAAAGUCGUGAAAGACGGCCAGAAGGCGACUGUCAUGCACUACUGUAUGGAAGGCGCUAGCAAAGCGCUGUGCAUCUACUACGGCGGAUUCAAUUUGGAGCCGUAA